AUGGCGACCCUGGCAGCGCUGGUGGCCCUGCUCCUCCUGGGGGUCCAGACCCGAGUUGGGUCAGGGUGGACCUACUCAGAAGGGGACCUGGAUGAGGCACACUGGCCGCUGGAGUACCCGGAGUGUGGGGGCAGUCGACAGUCUCCCAUCGACUUGCAGAGGCAGGCGGUGCGCUUCAACCCUGCUCUGAAUGAGCUGGACUUCGCCGGCUACAAUGACGCCCAGGAUGGCCAGUUCACCAUGAUCAACAACGGCCACACAGUGCAGAUCAGCCUGCCCUCGACCAUGCUCAUGACGGCCCCCGACGGCACCGAGUACGCGGCCGUGCAGAUGCACUACCACUGGGGUGGUGCCUCCGGUGAGGUCAGCGGCUCUGAGCACACCGUGGACGGAAUGCGACGGGUCAUCGAGAUUCACGUGGUUCACUACAAUACAAAAUAUGAGAGCUAUGAUGUCGCCAAAGAUGCCCCUGACGGCCUGGCGGUGCUGGCUGCCUUCGUGGAGAUCGAGGACUACUCAGAAAACACAUACUACAGCAACUUCAUCUCCCACCUGGCCAACAUCAAGUACCCAGGACAAAGCACAGACCUCAGGGACCUUGCCGUCCUGGACAUGCUGCCCAAGGACCACUUCCACUACUACACCUACCAGGGCUCCCUCACCACCCCGCCCUGCACGGAGAACGUGCGCUGGUUCGUGCUGGAUGACUCUGUCAAGCUCUCUAGGGCUCAGGUCUGGAAGAUCGAGAACUCCCUGCUGACGAAUCACAACAGGACAUUGCACAACGGCUACCGCCCGACCCAGCCACUGAACGGCAGGGUGGUGGAGGCCAACUUCCGCCACUUCCCUAGCUUCCGCUCUGAGUUCAAGUAUUUCCUGAGCAGGAUGGAGAACAACAUGCAGUACUUGGCUAGGGCUCUGCAGCACAACAAAGCUAAGAAGCUCUACUAA